AUGGGCCCGAAUCGGACCCCCAGCUUCGCAGGCAGCCUGCCCCGCCAGUGCAGCAACCUCACCACCCUGCAGACGGACAGCAACCCCACCCUCAGCUCCUUUAUGUUUGCGGCGGGGGUGGUGGGCAACCUGGCAGCCCUGGCCAUCCUCGGGGUCCACCGGAAAGACCAGCGGGCCAAGACCUCAUCCUUCUGCAUCUUGGUGACAGGCCUGGUGGUGACUGACCUGGCGGGCACCUGCGUGGUCUCUCCGGUGGUGUUCAUAGCCUACUCCUGCAACUCCACGCUGGUGGGCAUGGUGGGGGGCCAGCACUGGCUGUGUGACUUCUUCGCCUUCUCCAUGAUGUUCUUCAGCCUGGCGGCCAUGUUCCUCCUGUGCGCCAUGGCCGUGGAGCGCUGCCUGGCCAUCAGCUACCCCUACGUCUACUCGCAGCACCACGUCCGGCGGUGGGUCAAGCUCUGCCUGCCCCUCACCUACCUCUUCAGCGGUCUCUUCUGCGCCCUGCCCUUUCUGAAAGUGGGCAAGUUCAAGCAAUACUGUCCGGGCACCUGGUGCUUCGUCCAGAUGGACAAGGACAUGGACCUGGGCUACAAGGACGUGGCUUUCUCCUUGUGCUACGCCACCGUCAUGGCGCUCCUGAUCACGGCCGUCUUCCUCUGCAACUGGCUGGUCAUCCUCAGCCUCUGCCAGAUGUACCAAAAGCAGAGACACCGCCGUCGGGGGUCCCUCAGCACCGGCCAGCGCCGGAAGAAGAGCUGGUUCAGCCGAGGGGAGGAGGAGCUGGACUACCUGAUCUUGCUCGCUCUCAUGACCGUCAUCUUCGUCAUCUGCUCCUUGCCCCUCACGAUCAGAGCCUACAUCGGUGGCAUCGAUCCAGACCACAGCGAAGCAGCCGACAUGGUUGCCUUCCGCCUGAGCGCCCUCAACCCCAUCGUGGACCCCUGGCUCUUCAUCGUCUUCCGCCACGCCGUCUUCCACAGCCUCCGCCGUUUCUUCUGCUACCAGCUCAGCUGGCCCUGCUGGUUUAGGCCGCCUAAAGGGACGACCACGCUCGGGACUCAGGACAGCCUGCCCUGCCAAGCCCAGUCGGUCUGCUGA